AUGUUUCCAUUGAGAAGGAGACCCGUGAGCGGACGCUCCGGGGUGGAAUGGACGUUGUUGAUCCUCGCGGUCGGCACCACCGCCGGGCUGGCUACUGCAGCAGCCAGUUUUGAUCCCCUCAGCUAUGUCGACCCCCUGAUCGGAUCGGACAAUGGAGGCAACGUGUUUGCCGGCGCCAGUCUGCCCUACGGCAUGGCCAAGGCGGUCGCAGACGUCAACGGCCAGAACACGGGCGGCUUCGCGACGGACGGCAGCCAGGUGACGGGAUUCUCGACGAUGCACGACUCGGGCACUGGGGGGAAUCCGUCCCUGGGCACCUUUCCUCUCUUCCCGCAGUACUGUCCAAACGACGUGAUCGACAAUUGCAAGUUCCCCAUCGGCGAUCGUGCCGUCGGUUACGUGAACAGUUCUGUCGUGGCGACUCCGGGCUAUUUCGCCCUGUCCUUGGAGAGCGGCAUCCAUGCGGAGAUGACCACGACUGAGCAUGCUGCUCUGUACAGAUUCACUUUUCCGGAAACGACAAACAACGGCUCUGCGCUGCAUCCCCUGGUGAUGUUAGAUCUGACGGACCUUGCACAGAGCCGCCAGAACGCCUCGAUUGGCAUCGAUCCCUCUACAGGGAGAAUCCGCGCCAACGGGACUUUCCUGCCCAGCUUCGGCGCGGGAUCCUACCGAUCCUACGUCUGCGUCGACUUCGCCGGUGCCGAUGUCUAUGAUAAUGGGAUGUGGGUGAAUAACCGCGGCGGCACGGAGCCGAAAGAGCUGUUUGUGACACGCGGGUUCAACAAUUUCUAUCUCCAGGCGGGCGGAUGGGUGCGAUUUGGCCGUCCGAGCAACGGGGUCUUGUACGCGCGCGUGGGAGUCAGCCUGAUCAGCAGCGACAAGGCCUGCCAGAACGCAGAAAAAGAAAUUCCCCAGCCAACCAGUGACUUUGACCGCAUCAGACAAGCUGCAGAAAGCGCCUGGAGAAAGCAACUCAGCCCGGUUUCGGUGCAGCCUGGCGGCGCAAGCGAGGACUUGCAGAAGAUGUUCUGGAGCGCUAUUUACCGCACGAUGCUCUCUCCGCAGGACUACACGGGGGAAAACCCGCUCUGGGAGAGCAGCGAGCCGUAUUAUGACUCGUUCUACUGCAUCUGGGACUCAUUCCGAGUCGCUCAUCCACUGCUGACAAUCCUCGAUCCCAGCUCCCAGUCGAGAAUGGUUCGCAGCUUGCUCGACACGUACAAACAUGAAGGAUGGCUGCCGGACUGCCGGAUGAGCCUGUGCAAGGGCUGGACCCAGGGAGGAUCAAAUGCCGAUGUGGUACUGGCGGAUGCCUUUGUGAAGAACCUGACCGGGAUCGACUGGGAGCUGGCGUACGAGGCGAUGGUCAACGACGCGGAGAACGAGCCUCUCGAGUGGUCGUACCAGGGACGUGGCGGUCUGAUGAGCUGGAAGCGGCUGAACUACAUUCCUUAUCUGGACUACGACUACCUCGGGUUUGGCACCAAUUCUCGGUCUAUCUCCCGCACCGUGGAGUACGCGUACAACGACUUCUGUGUGGCGACUGUUGGCAAGGGACUAGGCAAGGACAACUACACGACAUAUCUGUCGCGCUCGAACAACUGGCAGAAUCUCUUCAAGCCCGACCAGAACUCGACCAUUAACGGCACCGACACGGGCUUCAAAGGUUUCUUCCAGCCCAAGUAUCUGAACGGUACCUGGGGGUUCCAGGAUCCGAUCGCGUGCAGCCCGCUGGCUGGGUUUUGCUCGCUGACGACGAACCCUUCCGAGACGUUUGAGUCGAGUGUGUGGGAGUAUCAAUUUUUCGCUCCGCACGACAUGGCCACUCUGAUCAAAAUGCUUGGAGGACCAGACUCAUUCGUAGCGCGUCUGAACUUCUUCCACACGUCGGGACUGGCCGACAUCGGCAACGAGCCAGUCUUUCUGACGGUCUUCCAAUACCACUAUGCCGGACGACCCGGUCUGUCGACAGCACGCGUGCACAGCUACAUCCCAUCAUCUUUCAACGCGUCGAGAGACGGGUUGCCGGGGAACGACGACUCAGGCGCCAUGGCGUCAUUCACGAUCUUCUCGAUGAUAGGCCUGUUCCCCAACGCGGGGCAGAACGUGUACCUGAUCACGACGCCGUUCUUCGAGUCCGUCAGCAUCACGCACCCGGAGACAAACCGGACGGCGACGGUGCGGGUCGUCAAUUUCGACCCCACCUACAAGAACGUGUAUAUCGUGAAUGCGACCCUGAAUGGGCAGCCCUACACCAAGAACUGGAUUGGUCAUGAGUUCUUUACCCAGGGCAUGACGCUGGAGCUGACGGUGGGGCCGAGCGAAGAGGAGAGUACUUGGGGGAAAGCGCCAGAGGAUCUCCCGCCGAGUUUGUCGUCGGUGUUAUCAUCGUCAGUAUCAACAUAUGAGCAGGGAUUCUAG